GCAUAGGAUUUUAGAACUAAAAGCCCCACCAUGAGGGCAACUAUUCUGGCCCUGGUGUUGGGCACCCUAGUCUUGCUAGCAAACGCUGCUUCCGACGCUCCUGCUCCCACCAAGGCUGCCCCCGCUCCCAAAAGCUCAAACAUUAUUCCUUCUGCUGGUCAAGCGGACCUUUAUGGUGGAAUUGGCGAUGUCUCGGCGACUGGCGACUGCGCUGGAGAUGCAAAGGCGCUCUGCAAGGAUGUAAACAGCGGCGACGGUCGCCUGGCAGCCUGCCUCACGAAGAAAGUCCGCGCGCAGCGGCAGGGCAACACUGUUGGCCGCAAGGUUUCUGCCAAGUGCGUGAACGCCCUGGCUGCCUUCAAGAUGGACAGGUCCAAAAUGAUCAACAAGGACGUUCCCCUGGCCAAGGCUUGCAAGGACGAUGUCGCCAAGGUGUGCAAGUCGGUCAGCGACACGUCCUCGCCUGGCGCCGUGCUGGGAUGCCUCAAGGACAACAAGCCUAAGCUGUCGGCGCAGUGCAGUGCUGAGGUCUUCCGCACCCAGCAGGAGGUCGCUGAGGACUACCGCCUGGACUACAAGCUGUACACUGCCUGCAAGGACGAUGUCAGCAACCUAUGCAAGGACGCGGACAGCGGCGAGGAAAUUGACUGCCUGGCGGAGAAGCGCCUGCAGGUCUCGUGGGAGUGCCAGAACCAGAUGUUCCGCAACGAGAAGGAGACUGGUGACGACAUUCGCCUCAGCACCCGCCUGUUCAACAAGUGCCUGGUUGACCAGCAGAAGUUCUGCCCUGACGUGGAGCCGGGACACAUGCGUGUCCAGGAGUGCCUGGAGGACAACAUCGACGAGUCGGGUUUCUCGGCUGAGUGCAAGACUGAGCUGGAAAACGUGAUCGCUAAGCGCGUGAGCGAUUUCCGCCUGGACACUGCUCUGCGGGAGGCUUGCGAGGAUGACCUGAAGGAAACUUGCGGAACCAGCCUGAAGGACAUGGACGAGGACGACAAGGUCAAAAAGACGGCACUGAACUGCCUGCAGCAGUACCGUGAGGAGCUGAAGCGCGAUAAGUGCAAGGCGGAGAUCCACCGCCGCCUGACGCGCGCUGCUCGCGAUAUUCGCUUUGAUGAGGUCCUGGCUAGCUCGUGCAUGGAGGACCGCAACCGCUUCUGCAGCGAUGUGACGCCCGGCUCUGCUCGUGUCAUCCGCUGUCUGCAGGACAACCGCAACAACCUGGACCAGAAGUGCGCGGCUGCCCUGUUCGACCACGAGGUGAAGAUGGCGGAGGACAUUGACUUCAAGUUCCCCAUGAAGCGUGCCUGCGCUUGGGAGAUCAGCUCGUUCUGCAAGGACAUCCCCCACGGUCACGCUCGCAUCGUCCGCUGUCUGGAGGACCACAUUGACAACACGGACAUGUCGAAGGAGUGCAAGGACGAGGUCAUGAAGGACAUGAACCGCAUGGCGCAGGACUACCGCCUGAACUGGCGCCUGAACCAUGCCUGCGAGGCGGACAUCUCCAAGCUGUGCCCCAAUAUGUGCAGCAGCCAGCCCGGCAUCACCUGCGGCGGCCUGGUUCUGCAGUGCCUGCAGGACAAGCAGGAUAACAUUACCAGCCAGGCGUGCCAGGACGAGGUGUUCUACUAUGAGCUGAUGGAGGUGACGGACUUCCGCAACGACGUGAUCCUGGCGGAGGCCUGCCGCGGCGACGUGGAGAUGUACUGCAAGGAUGUGGAGCCGGGUGAGGGCCGCGUGCACCAGUGCCUGCGCUACAACCGCGACAAGCUGACGGAGCAGUGCCGCAACGAGGAGAUGAAGCUGGCCGCUCUGGAGUAUCGCGACAUUCGUCUGCGCCCUAAGCUGAACAAGCUGUGCUCUGAGGAGAAGGCCGUGUACUGUAAGGACACCAAGCCCGGCAAGGCCCGCGUCAUCAAGUGCCUGAUGGAGAACAUGGCGCAGCCCAAUUUUGGCGAGGAGUGCAAGGAGGAGCUGCAGAAGCGCGAGGACAUGAUGAAGAGCGACUACCGCUAUGACAUCGGCGUCUUCUCCAACUGCGAGGGCGACGUGGAAACGUACUGCAAGGAGGCCAAGAGCAAGUUACGCGGCAACGCUACCGUGCUGAAGUGCCUGGUCGACAACUUCAAGAGCUUGGCGGAGCAGUGCUCGUCGGAGAUGUCCCGCGCCGUGCGCCUGGCCCUGUGGGACUACAAGCCCGGCGCAGCUCUGACCACCGCCUGCGACGACGAUGUGGAGGCGCAGUGCCCCCGGGGCGUGCGCAGCCGCGCCGGUGCCAUCUUCACAAUUGGCGCUGUGGGCCGCUGCCUGUCCAAGUCGCUGGUGGAGGGCAAGCGCCUGGAUACCAAGUGCCGCGCGCUGGUGCUGGCCGCAGCUCCCAAGGACGCGCGUGUGUACUUCGACCACCCCGACUCCACCUCGGCCCUUAUCCAGAAGAUCGCGGAGGUGCAGCAGGCCGCUGGUCUCGAGUCCGUCCUGGUGGACGCUGACAGCAGCACCGUCACAGUGACCGGCUGGGUUGCACUGGCGUGCAUCAUCUCGCUAAUUGUCGUGUUUGUCGGUGGCGCUGUGAUGCUGUACAAGCGCCUAGUGGGUACAGAGAAGCCCCACACACUGCACAUCAAGUCGGGCGACGCAUAAUGGUGUGUGCGCAUGGACAACAGGUGGCAAUCUCGACUAGGUGAUAGAUCGUUAGAAUUGACAUUUACUCCGAUGGGUGUAUGGCGGGAGCGAAUGUGAAUGAGGGGCCCAGCGCGCGCCGCUCCAUUUUGUAGAGUAGGAAACGCUUCAGGGGCAACAUCCCAUUUGUACAAGGCCAUUUAGUGAUUCGCCUGCACCCACCCACAGGUUUGACUUGAUUGACAUGUCGGACUAGUUAGGGGUGAUGGGCUGCGGUGGCGGUUGGGAUGAUGGUGGUGCAUACAGCCGCCACAGAUAGGAGUGUUUAGGUGACCGAUUACGUGCCAUGACAAGGGCGAGCAAAUGCACGGAUAUCAACUAAGGCCCCCUCCGCGUGUGUAAGGGACUAAUGCUGGUGUAAAACCCAAGUUAG